AUGUAUGCCGCCGUGCUUUCAGCAGCAGCACCGCGCGAUCGUGGAGGACCCGCACGGGGGUGGCACCGUAUACGCGUUCAGCGCGAGCUCGAGCUUGAAGGUCGGCUUGGACGAGGAGCAUUCACCGCGUGGAUCACCUCAUCAUCUCCAUCAAUGCCACACUCACGACUCACACUGCUGGCAUUGCUGGCAUCGCAGACAACACUGCACUCACGACUUCAUCAAUUACCAUCGCUAA